UGCGGAUGCGCAAUUGUUGUUCGUCAGUAAUGGUCAGCUGUGUACGGGAGUUGAAGUCGAGAAAUGCGCCUUAGGCAUGUAAGUGUGGCUGUCGGAGACACUCAAAGACAGCAACAUGUACGUAUACGGUUUCGACAUUACAUAGACGUGUAAUAUGCGUGCGAGUGCUUGAUCACGGUGAAGUUCUGGCGUGAACGGUGGCUCGGAGGAAUCAUGGCGUCGGUGGCGGGCUCGCAAGAACAGCCGCCCGCCGCGCACGGCCAUAGCUUCUGCAAGAAGACCUUCCACAAGCCCACCUACUGCCACCACUGCAGCGACAUGUUAUGGGGCCUCAUCCAGCAGGGCUUCAUCUGCGAAGUUUGCAACUUCGUAGUGCAUGAUCGCUGCUUAAGGACUGUGGUAUCCCCGUGUUCCAGCGUCUCCGCCAGUCAAAUAAGAAAUCCGGUUGCACACUGUUGGUCGGAGUCGUUUCACCAUAAAAGAAAAUUUUGCAACGUAUGUAGAAAACGGUUAGAUGACAGCGAAUCCAUUCAUUGCGAAAUUUGUGAGUAUUUCGUACAUGUGGAGUGCCAGGAUUUUGCAGUAGCUGACUGUAAAGAAAAUGCAACUUAUCUUCCGGGAAAACAACUUACCUUCGUGCGUCAUCAACAUCACUGGCGCGAAGGAAAUCUUCCAAGCAAUUCCAAGUGUGCUCUCUGUAAAAAGACGUGCUGGACUACUGAAUGUUUAUCCGGAUACAGAUGCGAAUGGUGUGGAAUGACGAGCCAUGCCUCCUGUCAUACGAGUAUUAAUAGUGAAUGCACUUUUGGGAUUCUGGAACCUAUCUAUCUACCACCGCAUGCUGUUAGUAUACCGAGAACAGAGGUACCAAUGGAGGCUAUCAUCGGAGUACAAGUUAGAAGAAAGGAUACCCUGUCUCGGAAUGAUUUUGCAGUCAUCAGUUCGGAUACUGUUAGGCGGAGUGCCUCUUUGACGAGUGUUCUGAAGCGCCUUUCUGUUGUUUUGCCGAACUCUUGUCAAACUAAAUGCCAGCCCAAUAUGUCACCUCCUUAUGUUCGAGCACGAAGUACUUCGGAGGAGUUUAGCAGCGGCGAUGCAGGCAGGUAUAGGGACUCAGAAGAUUAUGCACAAACACACGCUCCAACUCGCGAUAGUCGUCAGGAUAAACAAAACAAGAACCAGGAGGAACGCGAUGAAGAAGCAAUUAAGGUGUAUGACGGGAACAACUCUUUGCGCAGACGGAUAUUCAGAAUCAUUGUAGUACCAAGACAGGCACCUUUGAGACAGGUUUUGACGCAGGCACUUCGGGCGUUUCAUAUUACGAAAGAUCCAAAUUCGUUUCAUCUUACUGAUCUUUAUUCUCCGGAUGAAGCAGUCCUGCAGGAUCCAACUCCUGUACUUAACUUGCAUAGGAAAGAAGGAAAAAGACCAGCUGUUUUUCUCAGAUUCAGAGACAGGGACAACGACGCUGGCGAAGUUCGGGUGUAUCCCGGUAAGCUACAAGUAUCUCAGGCAUACUGCACCGUGCCUGUAGAUUCUAACACAAAUGUUGGUGAUCUUAUCAGCGACGCUCUUAAUCGUUUUGGGUUAGAAGACAGCCAUGCCGAAGAUUAUCGAUGCAGCGAAGUCCUACUGGAUAGGGGAGUUACCGAGCGUGUUCUUUCGUGGAACGAGAGACCAUGGGAAAUAAUGAAACAACUGGGCAAAGAUAGUAUUCGGCAAAUGGAGCUAAUGCGGUUUUAUUUACAACUCAAGCAAGAUCCGCAUGGACCAAAUUUAGCUUUAUUCGUUGGAAAUUUACCUCCAAAUCUUUCUGAACGCAAUUACGAAAACAUCCUCACUGACUUUUUAGGAAAAGAAAACAAAUUUUCUAAAAUUGGUCCUAUCUAUUACGAAUACGGCUCCAUGGUAAUUACUUAUGAAGACUCAGAUAAGGCUGUGAGGGCGUUAUAUGCUUUAAGGGAGUCGAAAUAUGAAGAUAAACAACCGUUGUUAGUUAUGCUGCUACCAAACAUAGAACCUUCGAUGAUACCACAAGGUGUGCAACCGUUAUUAGUUUUCGUCAAUGUAAAGUCUGGUGGUUGUCAAGGACUGGAGUUAAUCUCUAGUUUUAGAAAAUUAUUGAAUCCCUACCAAGUAUUCGAUCUUGACAAUGGAGGUCCUCUUCCAGGAUUGUACGUGUUCAGAAAUAUUCAAAACUACAAAAUACUCGUUUGUGGUGGAGAUGGUACAAUUGGAUGGGUACUUCAGUGCCUGGAUAAUGUUGGGCAGGAUUCUCAAUGUUCUUCACCUGCUUGUGCUAUUGUACCACUGGGAACAGGUAACGACCUGGCUCGCGUGUUGAGAUGGGGUCCAGGUUACACCGGUGGGGAAGAUCCGCUUAACCUACUCAGAGACGUGAUCGAUGCUGAAGAGAUCCGUUUAGACAGAUGGACUGUUGUUUUUCAUCCCGAAGAUAAACCUGAUGACAACGUGAAACAGUGCAAUUCCACUGGUAAGAGGAGGAAAAAACUGUCGAAAAUCAAAGUGACCAAUGAGCAAAUUAGAAAAUCAGUUGUAGCAAGUUCCACCAGCGAAGACAACUCACAAAUCUUCGUAAUGAACAACUAUUUUGGCAUAGGAAUUGACGCGGAUCUAUGCCUUGAUUUCCAUAACGCUCGCGAAGAAAAUCCUGGAAAGUUCAUCAGCCGAUUACACAACAAAAGCGUUUACGUUAGAAUGGGAUUGAGGAAAAUGGUAGGACCGAAAAUGUGCAAGGAUCUUCACAAAGAAGUCAGGUUAGAGGUAGAUGGGAAACUGGUUGAACUACCUCAAGUAGAGGGCAUAAUUAUUCUCAAUAUUUUAAGUUGGGGAUCAGGAGCAAAUCCAUGGGGUCCUGAGAAGGAUGAUCAAUUCUCAAAACCAAACCAUUGGGAUGGUAUGUUGGAAGUUGUCGGGGUUACAGGAGUGGUACACCUGGGACAAAUUCAAUCUGGUUUACGCUCAGCUAUGAGGAUCGCUCAGGGAGGACAUAUUAAAAUUCAUUUAAAUUCGGACAUUCCCGUUCAGGUCGACGGAGAACCAUGGGUACAGAGCCCAUGUGAUGUGGUUGUACUAAAAUCUGCUCUAAAGGCAACAAUGCUGAAGAAAAAUAAGUUCAAGCGUCGUCCUACCGAACCAAACAUACUACCGGCCAAUGGGGAGGGGGGAAAGAGCACAGACGAAUAAUUCCAAAUAUCAACUCGUUUCAUAAGACACAACAUUUUCUCACAAAACUUUUUUUCAUUUUUAUAAGACUUUUUCAUUUCUCUUUUAUCAUAUAGGCAUGAGUAUUUUGCUUGGUUUUUUUAGGUAAUCGUAAAGUUGCUUUUAUAACUUACUUAAAGUAGAGAAUAUAUUCAAUUAUUUGUAACAAGUAUACGUUUGUGUACCUUCCCCCCUCAGGCCACCAUGUUGAAGAAGAUGAAGGGUAAAAUGAAACGACGUAACACGGAACCUACAAUGUUGGUAUCUCCCGGAGUUCAACUGGCGCCCUUACCUUCCAAUGAUGGGGAAUCUCCCACGGAUCCAAACACCAAUUUUUAGUUUAACUUUCAUUUAUUAAUUGUGUUUUAGACUUUCUUCCUUUUUACGGAUGUAUUAUUUUUUUAAUUGCGACUCUGGUAAAUGUAUUUUUAAAACAGUAAAAAGUAAUAGUUAUUACGUUAGAGUAUGGUAUUUUUACCAAAAUACUGGUGAAAAAACGGCAUUCGCCAUAUUUAGUUUGUUUAAUUCUAAAGCAUUUGUUUUAAGUACAAGUAAUGUACUAGUUGAUAGUCUCAAUAUUUAUUUAAGGGUGUUCUUAUCAAAAUGACAAUCAAUUAAUCCUGCUAAUAUUAUUGUUUAAAAAAUGGCUCGAACGAAGUUUUUAUUUUAAUAAAAUCUGCAUAUGUGUUAUACCUACGGUUUCUGCUAUAAUCGAGAGUUAAGAAAUAAAAAUCUCUAUAUAGCAAAAAUUUAGCGGACAACAAUGAGCCUAGGAGGAUAUUUAUUGUUGUAUUGAUCAGUUCACCCUACCUAAAGAUAUAUAUUUAAAAAGGUACAUGGAUAUGUAUGUACCUAGAUGUGGCAAAGAUCCUUUAAUAAACCUAUAAAACAUCUUAUAAGGAGUGGAGCAAACAUCUGCUCGCUAUAAAAUUCCGAUUAUCAAUCUCUCUGAAAGACAACUAUCAGAAUAAUGUUGACAUAUUGUUUAUUUUAAGUGAAAUGAAAGUGGUGUAUUACAGACAAAUUUGAACUGCUACUUAUUUGUGUAGGGAUAGGAUUGAGUUUAUAGUAGGCUAUGGUUUUCAGUAUCGGUACUGUUAGAUGUGUUUCAGAGUUUGAUGAUCAAGAGUAGGCUAUGCAAUCUUAGUCAUCCCUUUCCAAAAGUUUGUAGCCACUAGUUGUGGCAGGUAUGUUGUUGAACAAGUAUUCCUGAUACUCUGUCUUUAUAAGAAACCUUUACUACUAAGUUUGUAUAUAAACCUAAAGGUUUGUCAAAAAGGCGAAUUGAUAGAAUACACUUAUGAAUGCCGGAAGUGUUUAUUCUCACUUGCCAGAAGGUGACAGUGAACGCUGUUAUUAACCUACCUAAGUACAUAGGGCUCAAUUCUUCAUUGAUGCUGUCUGGGGCUUAUUCUAUGGAGAAAGUACUUCAGGUAGAUUUAUGACAACCGUUUGAAACCCUAAUUUUAGCUGAUAUAUUACUUUAAUUGAUGUGCUCUAUUGUUUGUAAUUAUAUUUCCCAGGUAUGUAUUUUAGAUGAUCGCCAAAACAGUCACUUUUGUGUUUCAUUAAUUAGAAACAAUUUGAUAAUCUACCUACUCCGUGUGUUUAUUAAGACAUUGAUCUCGAUAAUCAUACUAAGUACUUAUGAUUUACGUAGACUGUUAAAAUGUUUCUCUGUAUAUGAAAUAUAUAUAUGUAUAUGUGAUUAAAAUAGAUAUAUGAAAAAUUGUGAAAUAUAGAAAUACUACAA